GGGUCAUAAGAGGAUCCACCUGGUGUCAGAGUGAGGUAGCCUGCUGUAUAGUGAUCCUGGCUCAUAAGAGGCCAGAAUAGCCAAGGCAAAGAUUUACAGUACCUACUUAACUAAUACUCUCAGUGGCGCAACGGUAGUGAAAGGAGGACUUGUUUUUCUCAAUUCAUAACAAGCAAGUAAAUAAAUAGUCUGUUUUAAUGUAAUGGAUGAGAAGUAACCUGAAGGAAUAUAUACAGGAAAGGAUGUUCUUUUGGGAGGCGAAAUGCUUUUUGACUUAACGAGUCUCUUCAGGAUUUACUUGGGUGUUCAUCACUUUUGAUAGGAAGAAAACCUUUACCCUCGCUGAUUGACAAUGCUGGAGGUAUCAGCACACUGUAGACUGCACUGCGCUACCACAUCUCUUCAUGUUGGAGCUGUAAAAAAUCAGCAGUUGUGACAUGUUGGCAUCUGUGACUUCCAGGAAGCUCAUCCCAAAACUGGACUGUCCAUUUCUAAUUUUGAAAAGACUUCAGUAAACAGGACUAAUUUUAACAACAGACAUGGAGCACUAUUGUGUGUAACUAUCAUCUGCAUUUGGGCAAUCACAGCGGAGCCAUUUGAAAAUCUCACUAAGAUCUCCAAACAGUCAGGACUGUUGCGUGUGGAUUGAUGUUUCUAUGUAGUGUUUGUACGAGUGCAGUGCAGCCUUGGAUCCAUCGUGGAACCACAGUCCGCCCGGGCGCCCAGCCUUCGGGCCGGAGACGCUCCAAACCAGCAACUACUCUCUGGUGUUAUUGAUUCAGCUCAGCCUGCUCUCCUUCGACCUGUUCGUCAACUCCUUCAGCGAGUUGCUGCGGGGUGAACCGGCUGUCCAGCUGGUACUUUUCAUUAUCCAGGACAUUGCCAUCCUGUUUAACCUGAUCAUCAUUCUGUUGAUGCUGUUUAACACCUUCGUGUUCCAGGUUGGCCUGGUCGCCAUAUUGCUGGAGCGAUUUAGAGCUCUGCUAAUGCUCUCUGCUCUCUAUUUGACCCUCAGUAUCAUACUCCAUUCCUGGCUUAUGAAUUUGCGUUGGCUAAACACCAACAGAUUUAUAUGGACAGACGGCCUUCAGGUUCUCUUUGUGUUCCAAAGAACAGCUUCCGUGUUGUACUACUACUUGUACAAGAGGACCUCAGAGUAUCUGGGUGACCCUCGCCUCUAUGAGGAUUCACCAUGGCUGCGAGAAGUGUUUGCUCAGGUCAGACAGUGAUCCCACUGCAACAGAGCACAUGAUGGCUCGGAGUCUAGAAC